UUCUGUGCGAUUAGAGGCCUGCCUCGCCUUUUCUCUCGCACCUAUUCUUUACAGACAUCCUUCGUUUCACAUGAAAAAAACGUUAUUCUUAUUUUUUGAGGGGCCGUUGACUAGAUGAGACAGAGAAGAAGAUGAAUAGUUUUGUGUCUCUAUUUCUUGACUGAAUAAUCACCCACUCCCCGGUUAUUGCAUCAGGGCCCCUGCCCCUCCUCUGAUUCCCGACCGGCUUCCUGUGUUUGUGCGGUUCUCACUGGCCAGGGAGCGAGGAGGAGCAGAACUGGGAGUUGAGCGAGUGAAGGGCCGAGCUGCCACCUCAACAUGGAGUAGCCUAGUGUCCUCGACAACAGUAGCGGACCAUAAAGAGGAAUACUCAAGGGGUUAUUUUUCUACAAGGAGGCAGCGCAAAUGAUACCACGUCAAAGAUUCCACAACGCGAAGGAAGGAUCGGUUUAUAUUUAAAAGAUGGCGAACGACUCUCCGGCUAAAAGUCUGGUCGAAAUAGACCUGGCUUCAUUGCGGGAUCCAGCAGGGAUUUUUGAAUUGGUGGAAGUGGUCGGCAAUGGCACCUAUGGACAAGUAUACAAGGGGAGACAUGUCAAAACUGGACAGCUGGCAGCCAUCAAGGUCAUGGACGUCACAGAGGACGAGGAGGAGGAAAUCAAACUGGAGAUCAAUAUGCUCAAGAAGUAUUCCCAUCACAGGAACAUUGCCACAUACUACGGUGCUUUUAUCAAGAAGAGUCCCCCAGGGCAUGAUGACCAACUGUGGCUGGUGAUGGAGUUCUGUGGGGCGGGCUCCAUCACAGACCUGGUGAAGAACACUAAAGGAAACCAGCUCAAGGAGGACUGGAUCGCCUACAUCUCCAGAGAAAUCCUCCGGGGACUGGCCCACCUGCACGCCCACCAUGUCAUCCACCGUGACAUCAAGGGACAGAACGUCCUGCUCACAGAGAACGCAGAGGUCAAGCUUGUGGACUUUGGCGUGAGCGCCCAGUUGGACCGGACAGUGGGGAGGAGGAAUACAUUCAUCGGGACUCCCUAUUGGAUGGCGCCCGAGGUCAUCGCCUGUGACGAGAACCCUGAGGCCACCUACGACUACAGAAGUGACUUGUGGUCAACUGGAAUCACUGCCAUCGAAAUGGCCGAAGGAGCUCCUCCGCUGUGCGAUAUGCAUCCGAUGCGAGCACUCUUCCUCAUCCCAAGGAACCCUCCCCCGCGACUCAAGUCCAAGAAGUGGUCUAAGAAGUUUUGCAGCUUCAUCGAGGGCUCCCUGGUGAAGAACUACAACCAGCGCCCCCCCACCGAGCAGCUGCUCAAGCACCCCUUCAUCAGGGACCAGCCCAACGAGAGACAGGUCCGCAUCCAGCUCAAAGACCACAUCGACCGCACCAAGAAGAAGAGGGGGGAGAAAGACGAGACUGAAUAUGAGUACAGCGGGAGUGAGGAGGAAGAGGAGGAUGCUGGAGAGCAAGAGGGAGAGCCUAGCUCCAUAGUGAACAUGCCGGGUGAGUCGACGCUUCGUAAGGACUUCAUCCGGCUGCAGCAGGAGAACAAGGAGCGCUCGGAGGCGCUGCGCCGACAGCAGCUCCUGCAGGAACAGCAGCUCCGUGAGCAGGAGGAGUACAAGCGCCAACUACUGGCCGAGAGGCAGAAACGCAUUGAGCAACAGAAGGAGCAGAGGAGGCGGCUGGAGGAGCAACAGCGGCGCGAGCGCGAGAUGAGGAGGCAGCAGGAGCGUGAGCAGCGCCGCCGCGAGCAGGAGGAGAAGAGGCGCAUGGAGGAGAUGGAACGACGGCGGAAAGAGGACGACGAGCGCCGGAGGGCGGAGGAGGAGAAGAGGAGGAGCGACCGUGAGCAGGAGUACAUUCGUCGGCAGCUGGAGGAGGAGCAGAGGCACCUGGAGAUCCUGCAGCAGCAGCUGCUCCAUGAACAGGCCAUGCUCCUGGCCGACGAGCGCUUCCGAAAGAACAUUCAGGGCUCCCCCCAGACCGCCCCACCCACCAAGCAGCCCCCCGUGCCCCCCCGCUCUGAACCCUUCUCUAACGGCAGCUCCUCCUCCGAGUCUGUCCCGCCUGCCAUGCACCGGCCCAUGGAACCACAGGUCCAGUGGUCCCACCUGGCCGCUCUUAAGAGCAGCAGCGCCGCCCCGCCCCCCGUCGUGUCUCGCUCCCAUUCCUUCAGUGAACCCGCGGUUCCUAGUUUUGCACAUCUCCAUCUGCGCUCCCAGGAGCCCCACAACCACCACCAUCACCCCUCUGCUGCUGCACGCACUGACCCCCAGCCCCCCGCCUCGGGCCCCAGCGACGAGGUGCCCCCCAGGGUUCCAGUGAGGACAACGUCCAGGUCCCCUGUGUUGUCACGCAGAGACUCUCCUCUCCAGGCCUCUGCCCCGCCUAGCAACCAGGCAGUACAGCGGAACGCCGGCAGUAACGCGGAGCCACGUCUGCUGUGGGACCGAGUGGAGAAGCUGGUUCCCAGGCCCGGCAGUGGCAGCUCCUCUGGCUCCUCCAGCUCCCAGGCCGGCUCAGGGGAGAGGUUCAGAGCACGCUCAUCGUCUAAGUCUGAGGGCUCCCCACUGCAACGCCCCGACAACGCUGCCAAGAAGCCUGACGACAAGAAGGACUUUGCCCGACCCAACCGGCCAGCCGGUGACGUGGACCUGACGGCCCUGGCCAAAGAGCUGCGGGCGGUGGAGGAUGUGCGUCCUCCCAACAAGGUGACAGACUACUCCUCCUCCAGCGAGGAGUCAGGCACCACCGACGAAGACGAUGAUGAAGAAGUGGACCAGGACGCAGCAGACGAGUCCACCUCGGGAGCAGAAGAUACCAGGGCCGGGAGAGGUCUGAGUAACGGAGAGACUGCAUCCCUGAAGACCUUACUGGCCCACGACGACUCCGAGAACGACCUCACCACACCCUCCAAGGAUGGCACCUUGGUCAUCAGACAGAGCGCGGGCGACAAAAAGCGCCCGGCGGUCAAUGUCUCUUCAUCCUCCUCCGGUCCCAGUGUGGCUCACGGUCAAGCCGUUCAAGCACAUCCUCCUCCCGGUCCCGGUAACGGUCACCAGGAGAAAAACGGCUUUGCCGGCCGCAUUCACCUGCUGCCAGACCUUAUUCAGCAAAGCCACCACUCCCCCACCUCUUCCUCCUCCACCUCUUCUUCCAUCUCCAUCUCCCCCUCCUCCAGCCAUGUCAGCCCAGCCAUGUCCCCCCAGACCCCUCUGGACAAGCUCACUGCCAUCGAGACCCACUCGGCCAGCAACACCAUGCAGAAACACAAGUCUUCCUCCUCCUUCACCCCCUUCAUCGACCCGCGCCUCCUGCAGGUCUCCCCCUCCAGCGGCAGCUCCCUCAACAACAUGGCGGCCAUCGGGAACGACGGGCGGCUGGUGGACGCCCUGAGGGCUGACCCGUCACGUAAGGGCUCCGUGGUCAAUGUGAACCCGGUCAACACACGCCCCCAGAGCGACACGCCCGAGAUCCGCAAGUAAAAGAGGUUCAACUCUGAGAUCCUGUGUGCUGCACUAUGGGGUGUCAACCUGCUGGUGGGGACAGAGAGUGGUCUGAUGCUGCUGGACCGUAGCGGUCAGGGGAAGGUCUACCCCCUCAUCAGCCGACGGCGCAUCCAGCAGAUGGACGUCCUGGAGGGACUCAACGUCCUGGUCACUAUAUCAGGGAAGAAGAAUAAGUUGCGUGUGUACUACCUGUCCUGGCUGAGGAACAAGAUACUCCACAACGACCCCGAGGUGGAGAAGAAGCAGGGCUGGGUCACUGUAGGAGAGCUGGAGGGCUGCGUACACUACAAAGUCGUGAAAUAUGAGAGGAUCAAGUUCUUGGUCCUUGCCUUGAAGAACUCCGUGGAGGUCUAUGCGUGGGCCCCCAAGCCGUACCACAAGUUCAUGGCCUUCAAGUCGUUUGGUGACCUGGUGCACAAGCCCCUGCUGGUUGACCUGACGGUGGAGGAGGGUCAGAGGUUAAAGGUCAUCUACGGCUCCAGCAACGGCUUCCACGCCGUGGACGUGGACUCUGGGGCGGUUUACGACAUCUACCUGCCCACACACAUCCAGACCAAUAUCCAGUCCCAUGCCAUCAUCAUCCUGCCCAACACGGAUGGUAUUGAGCUGCUGGUGUGUUACGAGGACGAGGGUGUCUACGUUAACACCUAUGGACGCAUCACCAAAGACGUGGUGCUACAGUGGGGCGAGAUGCCCACCUCAGUGGCCUACAUUAGGUCCAACCAGAUCAUGGGCUGGGGGGAGAAGGCCAUAGAGAUCAGGUCUGUGGAGACAGGACACCUGGACGGGGUCUUCAUGCACAAGAGAGCCCAGAGACUCAAGUUCCUGUGUGAGAGGAAUGACAAGGUGUUCUUUGCGUCGGUGCGCUCUGGAGGUUCCAGCCAGGUCUACUUCAUGACCCUGGGCCGUACCUCUCUGCUUAGCUGGUAGUGUACACACACACACCACCCAGCAGCAUGAAGACAGCACCCCUCGGUUUAUUACCACCAUAAUGAUGACUCAUGACGAUCUUGAACUUGACGUACAACUGGAGUAUCGAGCUUCACUGAGCUCUGAGGCGGCGCGAUACCUAAAUAUCACCGGUUUCAAAUAAGAAAAGACAAUUGCAUGAUAAACGGACUGAAAUCAUGAAUGGGAGGCCACGGGGUCUCUAUAGGCUGAUGGGACUGUGUUUGUUUGUCAGUUGGUAGUGCUGUCAUCAUGCCCAUUGGCUACUCUGCUCUGACAACGGACGUCAUCAGCUUUUCUGGGUUCCUGCCCCCAAACCCUACUAGAGCCUCCCCUUACCUCCUGCACCAGUGGGAGUAGGGAUCUGAGCCCGACUUAUUCAAAACACUAGUAGAUGUUAAUGUGUGUCUAUUGGGAAAAAAAGAGAGGGGGGUGUGUUGUGUGACAGAGGAGGAUGGAAAAGGAUGAAAGAGACUGUUGCAGAGGAAGGGAAGCUUAUAGCACCAGACAGGUGAAAGGUCAUACAGUAGUUUGUUAUUGUGUUUAGUCCAGGUCAUGUUCAGGUCAACCUCUUGUGUUGAGUUUCUUAGAUCAGUUCCUCGGACUGACAUGCCGUUGCCACCACAUGGGUACAUUUUCAAAUGGGUCGUGCUUGACAUUGAAAAUGUAACUUUUGUCUCUCUUUCACUCCGGCCUUCCUCUUGAUAAAGGUUCAAACAGGGUUAAAGUGUGGAGAGAAGUUUCAUCAAAGAUGUCGACUUAACCCUUAAUAGGACACUGCAACCUUAUAGGGGCCUUUCCAGUCCCAUAUACUCCUGAGGGUCUUUUCCAGCCUCCCUCAACUUUAACGUGCCACAUUGCCUCUCCUUGGUCGUGUUGGGUAAACUGUGAAUGGGUUGAUAUGUACAGUAGACUCUAGAGAACCGUCUUGGUCAUGAGUCAUGACUUUGACCCACCAUUUGGUAGCAUGAUGACCAGGGUAUUCAAUGGAACAAGUGUCAAGAUUAAAUAUACCUUAAAGAUUUGUAGAUGAAGAUUUAAAAUCCAUAACAUAUCCAAAUGUAUCAGCAAACACAGGUUCGAUUUGUUUUUCAUUUUAAUGGGCCCCUCCACUGAAUUCAGGUUUACAUUUGUUGCUACUUGUACAAUCUGUUGUGACAAAUGCUUUAGGUUUUGCUCAUAACUCCUACAGGAAAUGUAUCAAAAUCUGACAUUUGAGUGAGAUUUGAAUUAUUCCAUGUAAAACCUAUUAUGAAGCAGCAUGGUCCCCAUUUUGAUACAUUUGUGAAAUUGUUGUAUUUCCAUGUUGGACUCUUUAAUACCAACAGACCACCAUAGCCUGGUAGCUUCACCCCCUCAGCUUGUCUGCAUUAUUUUAGUAUCUUGACUCUGAGGGCAGAAGGGGACAUUUUGUUUUGUACAGUCUGUCCCAGUCCAGGCAGUAGUAUGCUAUGGAUUGAAGCAACACGACAACAACCUAGAAGCCUUUCCAAACCCCAGCAGCUCCUGGUUUUAAUUGUUUUGUUUUCCUUUUGCCCCUUGAUCCAACAAGUGAAAAAUGGGACUGCACUUGUUUGUCCUAAUGUUUCUUGGUUAGCCUGGGUGCCAGUCUGAAGCAGCAGCAAGGAGCUAGACUGGCACCCUGGUUAGAUUCUUUGUAUGGACAAACUUUUUUUCAAGAAUGGAAAUCAUAAUGUCUCUGUCACAUGUCCCUCCAAAGCUUGACCCUCUUACAGUGGACAGUCACAUCCUGUUUGGGUGUGAUGAUUCCAGGCCUCUAAGGAACGCAACGCUGUAAGAAUAUAGAAAUGAGAUGCUUUCUCCUCUGCAAAUCUGUGAAACGCGGUGCCAUGCCAAGAUGGCAUAAGUCACACAUUUUAAGUGUUACAAACCACUACAGAAAGUAUCGAUUUACAUUUUUAACUCCUUAGUUUGUUUCUGUCAUUUUUAUUACCCUUAAAAUGAUGCGGCUGCAGUGGUUUAUAAAGGUUAAUGCACACAUUAUGUUAAAAUGUUUACAGAGGCAAUGUUUUGUUAAACCGAUGUGCAUCAAUAUAAAUAUUUAUGUUUUAUUUUAGGGCAAUAAUCCCUUUUUUUUAGCUUUGUAUCAUUUGGAGGUUCAUGUACAGGAAUAACCCUCGACCUCUGUUCAUUCACUUUUCAAAAAUGACAAAAUUCUGAGUUUAAAUCACUGAUUUUCCUGGAUAACACAGCAGUGUGCCCUUGGCUGUGGCAACGUUGCAGCAACACAGUGACAAGGUUCUCUGCUGCCCAGGUGACAUGUUUUCCUCAAGUGUUUCUACCAUGCUACUCUAAUUUAUGUCCUCUGUGUAUUAUGGGAAUUGUUGUAUUUUCCUCAAGGUCUUUUUUCCAUUGAAUAAAAUCCUAAGUAAUUUA